CUCCAGUGUAAGCUAGCUCACCAUGACGAUUAUCUGCUGGGAAUGAACAUGAGGCAUAUCUGGAUGGAAAAGACAGAGCCAUGGACAUAAGUUUCCAAUGGCUGUGAAUGCAUCAAAAUGGUUAGUCCCGACUGUGGACCCAGAGCUGGACUCCUGCAGUAAUUACACUGAAGCCUGGCUGUGGCUGUCCUCCCUGCAGCCGGCCUACCUGGGUUUGAUCAGUGUCGUGGGGUUGGUGGGAAAUGGCCUUGUUCUCUGUGUGUUCUGCCUGCAGAGGAAGCCCUGCACUGUGGCUGAUGUCUACCUGGGGAACCUGGCAGUUGCUGACCUGGUCAUGAUGUCCUGCCUUCCCUUCUGGGCUGUCACUAUUGCCCGAGGCUACCAGUGGGACUUUGGAGAGGUCCUCUGUAAGCUAGUCAAUAUGGCCAUCUCUAUGAACUACAUCUGCAGUGUUCUGUUCCUCAUGCUGGUCAGCAUUGACCGCUACCUGGCUCUGGUGAAGCCCAUGAGUACCAGCCGUCUGAGGAGAGCCACCUGGGCCAAGCGUAUUUGCCUGGGGAUCUGGAGCCUUGGUUUCCUCUUCACUCUGCCCAUCCUGCUUUUCCGCACAGUGAUGUACAUAGAGGAUCCCAGUGUGGAUGCCUGCAUUUUGGCCUACCCCCACCCAGUGUGGAGGUUGCACCACAACAUCACCAGGAUUGUGUUGGGCUUCCUAAUCCCUGUCCUGGUGGUAACUUACUGCACUCGUCACAUUGUGACUGCGCUGAAGGAUCGGGGAACCAGAGGACUUCCCGAGGUGAGGGCGGAGAGGAAGGCCACCUACUUGGUCCUGGCCGUGCUGGCCAUCUUCCUCUUCUGCUGGACACCGCACCAGGUGAUGCGGUUUCUUGACACUCUGGAUUACUUCCAGGUCACACCUGGAUGCCUCUGGGGUCAUGUCCUGGACAUUGGCAUACAGCUGUCCACAUAUCUGGCGUAUAGCAACAGUGCUGUUAAUCCCUUCCUGUUUGCCAUUGUCGGGAAGCAUUUCAGGAGAAGGGCAAAAGAGGUGUUUGGAAAAACUUUGAACCCCUGGUCAAAAGACAUGACCUACCUGAAUGUGAGCUUCACCUCAACGAACAGACUCAAUGAAAUAAGAAAAACUUGAAAAAUCUGGGCUAAAACAAACUGUAUCAUGAUCAGUGGCUGUGAAAGAACACUUUAUUGUGAUCACUUGAUGAGAGUGAAUGAAUUAGUAUUUGCCUGCAGUGAUUAACUUUUAAGCUGUUCUAAUUGAUUUUUUUGGACACUUGGGGGCAGUGGAACAAGCUGACAUAUUUUUCACCUCCAUAAAGCAGACGCAUGGCAACAUUAGCAUUAAUUUCUGUUUGUGUCCACCUGAUGAAUAUAACCACUUGCACAACUUGCUCUGCUAUUUUGGCAGACUGUUUUUGUUGAUGCAAUCCUGGUCCCUGCAACAGCGCAGUGCAGCCUGGAAGCAAAAUGCAAAGCUUGGUUUGCAUAGCUUGGUUCUCAUCAUUAGCAAAAUGAUUCACCAGCGGUGAAUGUCAACUAUUUAUGAGUGUCAAAUUGCAAGUGCCAAUACUGAUACAUUUUGGAGGUAAUGAUUUGAAAAAACCCCCUGCAUGUUUAAUCAUCAUUAACAUCACAAGUAUAAAAACUUUUCGCUGUGGAAAGGAAGUUACUUUUUUUUCCCCUUUUUGUACAAAUAAACCCAAAAUAUUUUCUUUAUGACUGGGCUCCUGUCGUCCACUUCCCACUUCUGGAUGUAGUGAAGGUCCAGUUUCAGCACAGAGUUUGGAAAAACCCAACAGUCGGAAAUUGUUAUGCACGAAUAAACACACACGUUGACAAGUGCUUUACUAUUUGCUUAAUAUUUAUUUCAGGAACCUAAAUAUACAGGAAAAAAAUUAUUUAUACAGGAAAAAAAACAGUGGCACCAAAAUUACGACAUUUUAGAGCUCCUCCUAAAUUUCUCAAACGAGGCUUUCUGGGGAGCUCAUGUCUCUUUCAGGGGAACCAAGCUCCUUGUAGCUCCCCUGUAUUUUGAACCCUGUCUAUUUUUAAUAUAAAAAAUGCUUAUUAGUGCAGCUUUAACUAAAGCCUCUUGUUGUUGUAGUUUGGGUGUUGUCACUUCCUGGUUUAUUUUGUAGUAGUCUCCUUCCCUUGUGUGUCUUGUGUUUUUACUUCCUGUCUGUGUUUUCCCUCCAGUUUUGAUUGUUGGUCCUCCCUUGAUUGUUGGCACCUGUGUCUUGUUAUCUCACCUCCCCUAGGGUAUUUAGUCUUGGUCUUUCCUUUGUUCUGUCGGAUCAUUGUUGUACACAUGGUGUUGUUCCUUGCCGAGCCCUUGAUUAUUGGAUUCUUUAUUCUCCGGUGAACCUUGUUUGGAUUUUGGAUUUGUGGAUUUGGCCUGCUCUCCUGUGAACUGUGUUCCCCUCUUGGACUCACUCCCCUGCUUUCACCCAUGCUAUCCGGUACUCAUCUGCAUUUUGUCUGCUCAUUACCUGUCUGCUCACCUCUGCCUGUUCUUGCCUGCAUUCCACCCCACAAUAAACACGGUAGUCAUCCGGCUACUUCACCCUGAGACUGCUUCCUCGUCAUCUGCUUUUGGGUCCACAUACCUCCAUAUAGCACCUCGCCUUACGACACUUGUGACCAAACAAGGUAUGCAUUGAUGUCAAAUGUUCCAGAUGAUUCUUAUUGAGUUGUAAUUACCGGAGGCCAUAUGCCUCAGUAAUAUCAAGGGACUUAUUAGCACAAAUAGUCCACUUGGCUCUGUGUCUUGUCCCUUUGCCUUGUCUUAUUGCGUUUGUCAUGUUGUUGUGUUUUUGUUGACAAGCUGUGAAUUAUCAUCUUAAACAGACUCAUUUACACUGCAAAAUCUUGAACAUUUAUGAUGUAAUCAGUACUAAAUAUCUACUCUUGAGUGCUGAAGAUCCCAAUGUAAUCCAUAAAGACUUUAAUUGUCUCUGAGUUUCUUCUGUCUAUGACCAAGUGCAUAAUUAUGAACUAUUCAAGAUGUGCACUGUGAAGGGAACGUAUUGGAAUGUUAUUAAACUGAAGGAAGUUCAGUUCACGUUAAAAACAGUUGUGGUGCUCAUAAGAGAAGCAGUUUAUUAAAGAUCCAAUUUACUUAGUAUUUGUUGUCACUCAGUUUUUAAUCAAGGUAUGUUUUGCCUUGGGUGGGCACAGAAGAUGGAAUUUAUGCAACUUAUCAAAUAUUUUGGCAGUUUUAAAGGUCCAGUGUAUAACAUUUAGGAAUAUAAUAUUUAUAAGUAUGUUUUAAUUUGUGUAGGAGGGAAGGAAGGGGAUGGUGAUGCGACUAGAUGCCACUAAAUCCUACACACUAGACCAUUAAGUGCUAAAGCCAACAUAUAAUUUCAACAGUGAAAGUAAUUAUCUCACUAUUAUUGGCUGUAAUAGUUAUAAUUAAUAGAACUGUGACAACAAGAUAGCGUGGCAAAGCAAACAUUUCUUCCAAUAUAUCAUUAUGGAACAUGUCUACUGUCUGAUUUGUGCUAUGAAGCAAAGGGUAAGCCUGGUGACAUUCUAUUAUUUUUAUUGUCAAAAAAAUCAUGUGCAGAACAAUGAAUUGAUCCUACUACUGUGUGUGUAUCCAAUAGGGGUAAAACGCAAAGCUAUCUGUAUAUGUAUUUGUAUCUGUUUAUGUCACAAUUGAUUAUGGCAUUCUUUUAGAUAGACUGAGGCACUGGGUGGGCAUAUCUGGCACUGCACUAGACUGGUUAUCAUAUCUGUCCAAUAGGAAAUUCUGUGUCACCAUUAAUAACUUCAUGUCAUCCUUU